UAUGCCAUCUGUCUGAGCUCAAGAACCUAAGAAUCAAGAUGAAGCUCUGCAUCCUGCUUGUGUUUGGGGCCCUGGUUGUCAUCAUUAAGGGCAUGCCACCAAUCAGCAGGGACUACAACACACACUGUCAGUGCCUGCAGGUGGAGUCCAGGAUCAUUCCUCCAGACAGUCUGAGGAGCAUCAAGCUCAUCCCUGAAGGGCCUCACUGCCCAGAAACAGAGGUCAUAGCUGGACUGGGGAACGGGCUGAAGGUGUGUCUGAAUCCUCAGUCGUCCUGGGUGAAGAAACUGAUCCACUUUGUUCUUGAGAAACAAUUACAUCAGCAAGGAAAAGCGCUUCCCAAGAGUCAAGCAUAAAGCUAAGGUUUCUAAGGUUUUCAUUUCUGUUUCGAGGGAUGUGACAGUUACUGUAACUAGGUGGAGUGGAUUCAUUUAGGCUGACAUAUU